UCAAGAACAUUCCCAAGGCUCAAUACAACCAAUAAACCAUCUUUGUUUUCUUUGAAAGCUGCUUCUGAGCUGUCCUACGCCUUUUAUUCUGUGCACAUUUUGGUUGUUGCCAUAGUGAGUGACUCUACUAGCGUUGCAGCCGCUUUCAAGCUGUCAAAGCACAAAAUGGGCGGUCACAAUGGCAUCGAAACCUUGCUGUGCAGGGCGGCAUCUCAUGUCCUGAAAAGGGACGAAUCUGAGAUUAACGCAGAGAAAUCUCUCGUCGAGCAAGGCGGCGAUAUGCUGUCAGGAGUCUUCUUCGCCGGGCAAUGUAGGGAACUCGGUCUCCUCGUCGACAUGGCCUAUGUCUCGACCAUGUCUAUGCGUGAUCUAGCACGGCAGCUGGUCGAAACUAACCCAGAGUUGCUGCGAUCGGGUACUGCGACGGACCACAGAUCUGUUUCUGUUCCCCACACACAGCUCCAGAGCCUGUACCGUAUCUUCGGGUCGUCGUCACAGGGCUUCACAUUGGAUGUUGAGGCUCCAAUGUCCCUCACUGAUGCUACUCAAAUGUUGGAGAGGCUGGUGGAGAGACAUCCAAUUCUCGGAGCUUCCCUGGAGCCCGAUCAAAAGGAUUCCUAUGUCUUGUCAGGCAUCACACCUUCCCCCUCGGGAACCUUGGUGCCAUAUGAAUCCGAUGAGAAGGCCAUCGCUCAGGUGAGAAAGCUGCAAGAGGAGGUUUCAACGUCAAGCCCACUUGUUCUCAGCGUUCUCUUCUUUGGAGAAAGAUCCCGGAUCAGGAAACUCGGUUUGGUGGCACACACUGCCGCUUUUGACGCUUACUCAUGGCAUAUCCUUCUUCAAGAUAUCCAGGCCUAUCCAGCCCGAUCUCAUGACUUGAGUACUGAGUCUCACACCUUCUCCGACUGGGUUGAGCGAGUGAAUCAGGGAACGGAGAAGGAAAUCGAAUCUGCUGUCGCGAUUGGACCGUCGGUGAAUUCAGAGUCGCCGCCGAAAGACCCCUUCCCGCAAGCCGGAGUCGUCCCAUCUUGGGUCUUCAGUUUGAGCUUGAAGUUGACGGAAGCACUUCAUAGCGAGACAUGCCACCGAACAUUGCGUACAGAGAUUCACGAUGUGAUAUUCGCGUCCUUGGCCUCCUCUUUCGGAGACCAAUUACCCGGCCCAGCGAGACAUGUCGAGAUCAGGGAUGGUCGGCCCCAUGAGGAGGAUGACGCGUGGGACAGUGUGAUAGGAUGCUUUGAUGAGCUUGCUGAGAUACCCUAUCACUGCACUGGAGACAUAGUCGAUGCGUGCCGCAGCGCGAAAGAUUCGAGACAGCGUUCAUUCUUGAGCUCUGUCCACAAUGUCUCUCAUCACAACAAUCUCAUCUUUGACACAACUCGGCUCAGGGGGCGGAAGGGCGCCUCAUCCAACAACGUAAUGCAGUCGACUGACGAAGUGCCCGGGCGCCAUGCUGCCGAGGUCGUCGCUCGAUCAAUAGGCGGGCUCUGCAUGACCCCUUUUUGGAUGGAUACAAAAUUGAGCUUCUUGGUCGUUUGCGGUACCGAGUUCGGAGGAGAAACAGAUCUCAAGCGCAAUUCCGAGAAGUUCGUCAGCCAUCUACAAGACAUUGUCGCAAUAUUGCCCAGCCGUCGACCUUUGCCCACGCUCUCCGAUUUCCCACAUGUAUCACUAGACUACCCGUCUCUGGACCGCUUAUUUGAGCAAAAGUUGCUUCAGAUUACUCAAGAUCCUCUUGCAGACAUUUACAACAUCUACCCGUGCACGCCCAUACAGGAUAAUAUGCUCAUGGGCAAUUCCCUGGAUAGUGGGGCAUACAUGUGUAGCUUUACUGCCAGAGCCUCAACGUCAGGCGCUUUCGCAUCCAUUGACGCUGCAAAAUGGGCUACGUCAUGGAGCAGAGUCGUCGAGAAGCACUCGUCCCUCAGGACUGUGUUUGUCGAGAGCGAAAGUCGCCUGGGGCACUUUGACCAAGUCGUGCUCAAGAAAGUGACCCCGCGAAUCGACAUAAUUUCAGGGGUUCUCGAGCCGGUAAAGGCUGAAUUUCAACCGUUCGAGGUGCCGCACCAUCUGACCAUCACCCAGGAAGGCCCUGGACGGUGUCUCAUCGUGCUAACUAUCUCCCACGCCAUCACCGAUGGCCACUCUGCCGAAAUUCUUCUCGACAACCUGUGUGUCUCUGCUGUCGGACCUGGAGGCACCGGCGAGAAGGCAUUCUCCUACGCUGAAUACGCGCUCAGCGAGCAUCAAUCCAGAGAGACCCAUGUGUCGGAUUACUGGCAGAAGUAUCUCUCCAAGACGCAGGCAACACUCCUUCCAGUCACACGAGAGGAGGCUGAUUUUCACGACUUCGACACCAUGCAUUCCACCAUGCCCGUCAACGUAGCAUCUAUGGACCGGCUCUGUCGACGGCAUAAGAUCAACUUGGCCAGUGUCUGCCAACUUGCCUGGGGCGUCGUGCUGCGCAGUCAACUCGGUGUCGACGACGUGUGCUUCUCAUACAUCUCCUCCCUGAGAAACAAGCCCUUGAAGGGCAUCAUGACGGCUGUUGGGCCGCUGAUCACCACACUCCUUUGCUCCAUGAACUUGGAAGGGGAGACAGACGUGUUGGAUGCUAUCAGGGCUGUCAACUCUGAGUACGCAGACAGUCUAUCCCACGAGGCAGAGUUUUCUAACACCACUUCUCCUCGUCGUUGGAGCAAUACCGUCAUGUCAUUCCGCCGGAGACUUGUUCAGGAUGAUGGACGUCUUCCAGGCUUGAGUUAUAAACUUAUCCAAGGCUCCAGCCCUACAAAUUAUGAUGUUUCUCUUGUCGUUUCGGCGGGCCAAGCAGAUUUGGGGUUCGCGCUGGAUUACUGGGCCUCUCGGAUGGAUAGAGACUAUGCCCAACGUCUCCUUCAAAACUUCCAGGAGGCACUUCACUCUAUCUUCCGAGACAUUAGCACCACUGUGUCCAGACUCGAGCUGAUCAGCGAAGAUCAGAAGCAGCAGAUCCUAGAGAGAAACUCUCGUGUUCCCGAGGGUCUGAACCGAUGCGUCCAUAAGCUGGUCAACGAGCGCAUCCAGGAGCAACUAUCGGCUGUCGCCAUCGACGCUUGGGAUGGCAGCUUGACAUACGAGGAGUUAGAUGACCGCACCUCCCAUUUCGCUCAGUAUUUAGUGAAUAUUGGUGUUGGGCCAGAAGUCCCAGUGGGAGUCUGUAUGGACAAAUCCAAGCUCGUGCCGGUCGCCAUGCUCGCCAUCUUACGGGCUGGCGGUGCUGUUGUUCCCAUCGGGGUGGGAGAACCCAUUGCUCGUGUCCAGGCCAUUCUUGCCGACUCGUCCCCCGUGGCCGUGAUUGGCGAUGGGAAACAAGUCAGCCGACUUUCUGGACUGGGCACCCAGCUUCUGAAUAUAAUCGACAUUAUGGCGGACGAGUCACCAAGUCCAUCAUCAACAACAACAACAACAACCACAACCACACAAGAGACGCGACCCGAGCCGGAAAACACCGCAUGGAUCUUUUACACGUCUGGCUCCACUGGAACACCAAAGGGUGUAUUGGUAGAGCAUCGAGCCCUGGCAACUAGCAUGCGUGCCCAUGGUAUCGCACUGAACCUGUCUCAAGAGGACAGGGUACUCCAGUUUGCGGCGCACACGUUCGACGUGUCCCUAUUCGAGUUAUUCACCACGCUCAUCUAUGGAGGCUGUGUCUGUAUACCUGAUGAGACGAAUCGUGUCAACGACCUGGCAGGUUCAGUACUUCGUCUACAGGCAAACGUUCUUUCCCUCACCCCAAGCAUGGCAUCAACCAUCAGACCCGCGGACGCCCCAAUGGUUCGAAAACUGAUUUUGUUUGGAGAAGAAGUCAGAGCGAGCGUAUUAGAGGCCUGGCUCGGAAAGGCAGAUAUCUUCAAUGCCUACGGUCCAACCGAGAGCUCUAUAUUUGCCAGUGUCAGCAAGCCGCUCCAGAGCGUGGAAGACCUGGCGAAUAUUGGAUUCCCCAUGAACGUGAACUUUUGGGUCACCGAUCCGCAGAACCCAGGGCGGCUAUGUCCUCCAGGAGCUCCGGGCGAGCUAUUGAUCGAGGGCCCACUGCUGGCCCGAGGAUAUCUCAACGACGAAGCCAAGACAGCUACUGCUUACGUCCACGAUCCAGCAUUUGCAUCUCUACUAGGGAUUGAGCCCGGGAGACGCUUCUACCGAACAGGAGAUAUUGUACGGCAGAACAGCGAUUCCUCUAUGAGCUAUCUCGGUCGAAGAGACACGCAAAUCAAGAUUCGCGGCCAACGACUUGAUGUAUCCGAGGUCGAGCACUGGAUUAUAAAGUCCCUCGAUGGUGUAAUCCGGGCCGUCGUUGGCCUUCUACCCGCAGAUAAGAAAGACACAUUGUCCUCAGGAGGUGCCAUCUUGUUUGCUGCCGUUGAAUUUUCCAAACACACCGCCUUUGAUCCCUUGGGUGAUAGAGAGAUUCUCCCAGCGUCCGAUGAGCUUCGCGAAGGACUCAACCUGCUGCGGAAUACAUUGCAAGCGAAGCUUCCCUCCUACAUGAUUCCCACUUUCUACAUUCCCUUCAGACGUAUACCCCUGACUUCGUCUGCCAAGACGGACCGCAAAAUGGUUAGCCGGUUGGUUGGUGAGUUGGACACCGCCGCCCUACAGGAAUAUGUUUCUGAGGACUCAAGCGACAAUGACCAGCCGCUGCUGACGAAGACUGGGCAGAAGCUCAAAGCUCUGUGGGCGGCUGUCCUCGGCGUGAGCAGCUCGUCCAUCAGAGCAAGCGACCAUUUCCUUUAUCGAGGGGGAGACUCUCUCCUAGCUAUCAAACUGGUGGAAAUGGCUAGACUAGAACACAUUCACAUGACGGUCAAGGAUGUUUUGGGCUUCCCUAGACUUGAAGACCUUGCACGAAUUCUCGAUGAACGCAACGCAGCUGGCAAGGUUGACUCUGCUCAGGGGGAGGAGGAGCGAAGUGACCCUCCCCCUUUCUCUCUCUGGCAGCCAUCCUCGAGCGAUAGAGAGGCGGAACUUGCAGACAUUGCCAUCCAGUGCGGCCUGAGUACCGAAGACAUUGAGGAUAUCUAUCCCUGUACCUCAUUACAGCAGAGCAUGUUGGCUGCCACGCAGCUACGCCCGACGGCGUAUCUCGUGCGCCAAACCUACGCUCUCUCGGAUUCUAUCGAUUUCUUGCGCUUCCGAACAAUGUGGGACGUCAUGGUCCAACAGGCCCCCGUCAUGCGAACUCACAUGUUACUAGGGCAGCGCUCAGGAUCUUUGCAGGUGCUAUCGAAGAAGGCUCCCACAUGGCAGACCCAUGAUGACUUGGAGGAGUAUGUUGCAGAUGACCAAGCACGCGCCAUGGCCAUUGGUCAGCCGCUCAUGCGUUUUGCUUUGGUGCACGAGAAGUCGAAUGGUGUCCGUUAUUUUGUGUGGACAGCGCAUCACUCGGUCUACGAUGGCUGGAGCUCCCAGUUAAUCUAUAAGCGACUGGCGGCUCUUUAUCUCCAUGACGAGGUGCCUCCUGCGGUCCCCUUCACGAGGUUUAUUGCGUACCAGCAACGCAUGAAAGAGGUUGAUGGAAUCGAGACUGCCUCCUACUGGCGCGACCAGCUUGGAGGAGAUAUCCCGUCAGCCUUCCCUCCUAUGCCGUCUUCUUUCUACCAGCCGAAGCCUGCCGCCUUGCUUCGCUCCGAGAUAAACACUUCGGUGUUCAAUCAUUCGAGGUCUGGGUUCUCACUUGCUGACGUCCUGAGGGCUGGUUGGGCCAUGAGUCUAGGUCAAUACCUAGGCACAAACGAUGUGGUCUUCGGAGCGACUCUUUCUGGCCGGAAUGCCCCCGUCGCGGAGAUCACGGAGCUUAUCGCACCCACCAUUACUACUGUGCCGGUUCGAGUGCAUGUCGAUCAGGAAGCAAAGGUUUCUAGCUAUCUCGGAACUAUACAGUCCCAGGCAGUAGAAAUGAUACCCUUUGAGCAUACGGGAUUGGAAGAGAUCAGACGCCUUGGUCCCGAUCUCCAGCCUGCGACGGAUAUCAACCAUGCUCUUGUUAUUGAACCACCAUAUGCUAGGAAUGGAGAGGGAGCCACCGAGGUUCCCGGCUUGGAGCUGGUGGAUACCGCCGUGAACGCGUUUGACACAUUUGCUCUCACCAUUCAGUGCCAACUCCCCAGCCAGCGAGGGGCCUCGAUCAAGCUCGAGGCUCGUUUCGACAGUCACGUUGUAAGCGAGGCUCAGGUGGCUGUGCUUCUUCGCCAGUUUGAGCACUGGGUUUCGCAGUUCCUCGACGAGGCGAACCACGAGAGGCAGCUGUGCAGCCUGGAGGAAAUCACCUCUACCGAUCUAGCCCAAAUCAAGAAACAGAAUGCUGGGAUACCGGUGCGGGACUUGACCUGCCUGCACCACCUGAUAAGGGAUGUAGUCGAAGAACAGCCAGACUCGCCAGCGGUCUGUGCCUGGGACGGCGACUUUACAUACAAAGAACUCUGGGCCAACGCCAGGAGGCUUGCACAGCAUCUUUCUAGCCUUGGAGUGGGUCCCGAAUCCAGGGUGGCGGUUUGCAUGGAUAAGUCUAGGUGGACUGUCGUGUCCAUCCUGGGUAUCCUAGAAUCCGGGGGGGUCGUUGUCAUGCUGCGCUCGCAGUCCCCAUUGGAGCAAGCCAAGGCUCUCGUGGAGGAUUGUCAAGCAGCUGUCAUGCUGACCAACGCAGGACACACGGAUAGGUUCGCCGGCUCGGGGCCUUGUAUUGUUGAGGUGAGUGACACUUUGUUAGCCAGCCUCCCGGACCCCAUCGUGGGUGGGCCUAUAUGCCCGGCUCUUACCCCUGAUCAUCCCGCAUGGAUUGUGUACACAUCCGGAAGCACAGGGUUGCCAAAGGGAUGCCUCCUGGUCCAUGGCGGUCUUGCCACUAGUCUGCCGGCACACGGAAGAGCGACACGUUGGUCCAAGGAGUCCCGCACCCUCCAAUUCGCAUCUCAUGAGUUUGAUGUCACUCUGCAAGAAAUCAUGACGACUCUCAUCUUCAAAGGAUGUGUCUGCAUUCCCUCGGAAGACCAACGAGUCAACUCGCUUUCACAGGCCAUCAGGGACAUGAAUGUUAACCAGAUGGUGCUGACCCCAACCGUGGCAUCCAUGAUCAAUCCGGCCGAUGUGCCGUCCAUAACUCAGCUGCAAGUCGCCGGCGAGCUGAUCAAGCCAAGUGUUGUCGAGCGCUGGAUUGAUCACGCCGAGGUGGUUAACAUCUAUGGUCCGUCCGAGUGCUCCGUCUACUCGUCCUGCGGCAAGCCGAUGCAAAGAAUCGAAGAUGCGCCCGUUAUUGGAUACCCGCUGGAGAACUGUAACUUUUGGGUCACUAGCACCACCGACCACAACCGCUUGUGUCCCAUUGGCAUCCCCGGUGAGCUUCUCAUUGAGAACUCCUGGCAGGCCCGGGGCUAUGUGAACAAUCCAGAGCUGACGGCGCAAUACUUCGUGGUUGAGCCCGGAUUCAUCAAGCAACUUGGUCUAGAUGACGCCGGAAGGCGAAUGUAUCGGACCGGCGAUCUUGUUCAGCAGAAUCCCAACGGAUCCUACACUUACAUCGGCCGCAUGGGCAGCGAAGUCAAGUUCCGUGGGCACAGAGUUGACCUGGGCCGGAUUGAGUACUGGAUCGGCAAGCUUCUCGCCGGGGUGCAGACGAUUGUUGUCGAUCUGGUCGAUCUCCAAGCUGGGAAGAAGGCGAAUGAUCUUGUAGCUGUGAUCGACUUCACCGAAGGCUGUGACCUGUUGGACGUUGACCAAACCGAGGAGAUUGAUGGGGUCACCAUUCUUGCCCCUUCCAGCAAGAUCCAAAAGGCCCUAUGUGGCCUCAGGGACGGGUUGGUAGACAAGCUCCCAAGCUACAUGGUGCCGACCGCAUUUAUGCCCUGGAAGAAGAUCCCCUUGACACCAUCUGGCAAGACAAAUAAAAAGGCUGUGCGUCAGCUGUUGACGAAUCUCGAGUCAGGCUCGUCCUUGCUGCAACGCUAUCUUGCUAGUGAAGGUAUCAAGAAAGGCCCUCAAACCAAGAUGGGCAAGCAACUUCAGCAGCUAUGGGCUGAGGUCCUCUCCAUCGAUGCCGACUCUAUCGGUUCCCAAGACCACUUUACGCGACUCGGUGGUGAUUCCUUGGCGGCCAUGAAACUUGUCGCAUCGGCUCGACAGGUCGGUCUUCAAUUGACCGUUGCGUCCAUAUUUACGCACCCCAUCUUGGAGGAAUAUACUCGAAUCCUGGAAACCGAGCAGGAGGCCGGCCUCGUCAAAGUAGCAGAGGAGGACCCUGCUCCCUUCGAGUUGAUGCCGGAGAAUCCAAGUAGUCCCGGCGGCUUUGAAUCUCGACUGGUAGACUUUGCUGCUCAAUGCCGGGUGGCCUCGGACCAGAUUACAGAUGUAUAUCCUUGCACCCCUAUGCAAGAAGCGCUGUUCGCCAUCACGGCAAGACAGCCGACGGCCUACACAUAUCGCCAAGUAUUCCGAGCCAGGGGGGAGGACGUUGACAUUGCCAGGUUCCAGGCUGCAUGGGAGGCGGUAGCCAGAACACUGCCCAUCCUUCGCACUCGAAUCGUGCUGGACCGCAACAGUGGCUUUCUACAGACAGUGGUCGACGGGCCCCUAGUAUGGCACAUUGGUGGCGAUCUGGACAGCUACCUUGCCGCGGACAAGGUCGCGGGCUUCAAACCGGGCGAGCCUCUUCUCCGCUGUGCAAUUGUCGAGGAGCAGAGCUCAGGGGCCAAGUGCUUUGUCUUGACCACCCACCACAGCAUGUUUGACAAAUGGAGUAUCGGGAAGAUACUGAACCGCUACCUCUUACCGGCCUAUUAUGGACGUGAGAUGCCGAAGGCUAUCCCGUACCCGAGAUUCAUUCGCCACGUCCUUGACACCGACUUGGACGCCGCAUCGCAAUUCUGGACCCAGACGUUGGCAGGUGCUGGUUCCUAUACCGAUUUCCCCUCGCUUCCUUCUGUUGGCUUCUAUGAGCCCAAGCCUACCUCGCUCCUGAAGCAAAUAGUCCGUAUAGACGGAGUCGCGGGGCUGCAAACGCCCUUCCCCAGUCUCCUCAGGGCAGCAUGGGCUUUGACAGUAGCCCAAUAUGCCGGCGUCGAAGAUGUCGUGUUUGCCGUCAAUCUUUCAGGCCGCUCGGCGCCUGUGGCAGAAAUCACGGAGCUCGCGGCCCCAACGUUUACCACCGCCCCCGUCCGGAUUAAAGUACACGGCCUGCAAAGGGUCCGGGACUUCCUGGACAGUGUUCACCGCGAAGGCGUGGAGAUGAUACCGUUUGAGCACGUUGGACUCCAGAGAAUCAAAAGGCUCGUUCCCGCUUUCAACCCGGCUGACCCCAGACACUUGUUCCUCGUACACGCCGCGGCGGAUACGGACCUGGACGAUCCGUCGCUUGAAAUGCCUGGCUUUGAGCAGGUACACCUGACGAUGGAGGCGCUCGAUGACUACCCGCUCUCAGUCUUGUGCAAGUUGGAUGAGCGCAAGGGGGAGGCUGAGGUGGCGGCUCGGUUCGACAGCGCCGUCAUCCCCGACGACCAGGUCCAAGCGGUCCUGCGACAAUUCGAGCACAACGUCGCCCAGCUUGCUGGAAAUGCCGCUUCCGAGGAGCAGACGGUGGGAGAUCUUCCUCUGGCCAACUCAUACGAUCUAGAUAGGAUUGCCGGUUGGAACCUCACCGGCCAAUGGCCCUCCCUUGGCUGUGUUCAUGGCCUGGUCAUCAAGACCGUUCGAACCAACCCUGACUCUCAAGCCGUCUGCAGCUGGGAUGGGGAGCUUACCUAUCAGCAGCUUGAUGGAGCGGCCAGAAGCCUUGCCCAGCUGCUCAUCGCAGAAGGGGGCGUGGGCCCCGAAGUAGCAGUCGGGCUCUUCAUGGACAAGUCCCGAUGGGCCAUGGUGGCUAUACUGGCCAUUCUAUAUGCCGGCGGCGCAGUGGUGCCGCUUGGAGUUCAACUGCCGCCGGAGAGAAUCAGUGUCAUUCUGCAGGACUCGUCUCCAGCCAUGGUACUCUGUGACGAGUCCAAGGCAGACAGGUUCCAGUCGCUGGGUUGCAGGAGCGUAACUGUCAAUGAAGCAGCACUCGCUGACUUGGCCAAGUCAUACGAUGGCCGCGAUCCUGCUGUUCCCUCGGAAUCAGUCCGAGCCGAAGACACGGCUUGGAUUAUGUACACAUCUGGCAGCACAGGAGUUCCCAAGGGUGUGACCCUGGAGCAUAGAGGCAUAUAUAACGCCGUCCUGAGCAAGGGCACCGACUUGAACAUGGACCCGACUUACCGCAUAUUCCAAUUCGCUGCCUUCACCUUUGAUGUCUCUAUUAGCGACAUUCUCAUGGCCUGGACAUUUGGGGGAGUCGUAUGCUUGCCUUCGGAGGACGAUCGGAUGAACGAUUUGGUCGGGUCCCUGCAGCGACUGAACGGCAACUUUGCACUCCUCACAGCCAGUACGACGGCGCUGAUCCCCCCGGCCGAGGUCCCGCAGAUGAAGAUGCUGGUACUGGGUGGUGAAGCCAUCACCCCAGCCUUGAUUGAAAAGUGGCUUCUGGGUUCGAAUGUCACCCUGGCCAACAGCUACGGCCCGACCGAGUGCUCCAUCACAACCACCAUGAACCCUGGAGUGACAGACGAGAGCGGUUCAUCCGUCAUUGGCAGACCCAUCCGCGGCACCCAAAACUGGAUCGUGGACACUCAUAACUACAACCGACUUGUGCCCAUUGGCGUAGUGGGAGAGCUUCUUAUCGAGGGCCCACAAGUCGCGCGUGGGUAUCGCAACGACCCCGUCAAGACCUCGGCGGCGUUUAUCACGGAUCCCGGCUUCACUGCAGACGUUGGCCCCAGGAAAUCGGGACGUCGGAUGUAUCGCAGUGGCGACCUGGUGCGAUACAACGCCGAUGGCAACAUCACGAUUCUGGGGAGAAGCGAUUCGCAGAUCAAGAUCCGCGGCCAGCGGGUUGACCUGGGCGAGAUUGAGUCGUGCAUUGUGAAACUCAUGCCCAAGGUCCGAAUGGCCGUGGUAGAGUAUCUGCACCUCAGUGACAAUCAACGCGCACUCGUUGCCGCCCUUGAGUUCCUCGACGACGACAACAACGACGACGACGUGGCAGGCCAUUCGACAUGGCUCAAGGAAUCUCUGGCUGAGAGACUGCCGGCAUACAUGGUUCCGAGAGUGUAUCUGCAAAUAGACAAGAUACCGAAGAACGCCUCCGGGAAGACCGACCGCAAAGCCGUCCGCCAGUUUAUGAUGAGUGAGGGCAACCAGAUCGCGGAUGCAAAGUCUCGAAGCGCCUCGAAAACUGGAAAGGUCGACACCGACAGGGAGGCCGUCGUGCGUAAGCUAUGGGCAGCCGUGCUUGGGGUCGAGGCAGAGACAAUCGACCGACAUGAUAACUUUUUCGACAUCGGUGGUGACUCUAUUAGCGCCAUGAAAGUCGUUGCUACUGCAAGGACGGAGACUCUUGAUCUCCGUGUGCUGGACAUUUUUGAGAAUCCAGUCUUGUUCAAAAUGGCAGUUGUCGCCAAAAGUCUGACUAGAUCGGCACUUGAAGCGGCUUCACCGCCCCCUUACCGUCCUUUCCAGCUACUCGACGGUGUGGACAACAACAAUAUCGACGCCUUCCUUGACGAGGUCGUCUGCCCCAUCACUGGGACCGGAAAGGAAUCGAUCCAGGAUGUCUUCCCUGCCACUGACGCCGUUGCCUUCAGCGUGGCAGGAGCAUUGACCGCGGCCCAGACAGAAGUAAACACCUUUGUCCUUGAUACGGAUCGCGGCCUCGAUCUGGUUCGACUACAGCAAAGCUGCAUGCUACUGGCGCAGCAUAUCGAAGCUUUCCGCACUGCUUUCGCGUUUGAUCUUCGCAACGGAAGGCUUCUCCAGAUCAUAUUGAAGUCCUAUCAGCACAAUGUGCUCGUGGUCAAGGCUGCUGGCUCGCUGGAAGAUGCCACCGAGAGCUUAUAUGAAGGGCACAUGUGCCGUCAACCUCUUCGACUCGGCACACCCAUGGUGAACAUGGCUAUUCUUCAACAAGAUGAGAGCAAAAAGACCCGCAUACUAUUGCGCAUGUCACAUGCUAUAUACGACGCCAUGUCUCUUCCAAUCAUCCUGGACACCCUCCGCAAAUUGUACCAUCAACGGGACGCUUAUGAGCCGCCCUUAUUAGGCUCCUUCGCCCACUACGUCGCAGAUCUGAAUCGGCAGACAAGUGACACAAGCUACAGCUACUGGCGGAGCUUGCUUGAUGGGUCCGCCAUGCCCGAGCUCAUUCCAGCGACAGAGUCCGACCACCACCAGAGCCCCUUGCGCAUGGCCUUUACCAAGGACAAGGUGAUAUCAGUGCCGAAAUCAAAGGGAGAGGGCAUUACCACCUCCACCCUCAUCAGCUGUGCAUGGGCACACGUCCUAGCCCAGUACACGGGGAAGAGCGAUGUGGUGUUUGGAGAUACCAUUUCCGGGAGAAACGUGGUCAACCCGUCUAUAAGCAGUACCGUUGUCGGCUGCUGUGCAACCAACGUCCCUAUGCGCAUCAGGUUUGCUGAUAGCUCCGGCCAGCACUCGAUCCUUCAACUGUUGAACCAAGUGCGAGAUCAGCAGCGGAAUCGCAUUCCCCAUGAAGGUGUCAGUUUCCGUUCAAUGAUCCGGGAGUGUACGGACUGGUCCCCGGCUAAUCGCUUUACCUCCGUCGUCAAUCACCGACCAGCCAAGCCAGCGGCCAAGUCAGCCAGCGGACAAAUCGGUUUCCAAGUGAGCACCAUCACCACUGAAAUGAAACCACUCACGACUUGGUACGAUCUCGCCGUCGUCUCCCAGGAGAACGAUGGCACUGUUGAGAUGAGUCUGGGUUACUCGACAAGGGCAUUCCACCUGGACACGGCUCAGGCGCUGCUGGAAGAUCUUGCCGACACCGUUCACAUUCUUUUGAAUGCUGGGCCUUCUAAAUCUGACCAAAUCGCCCUUCUUGGAACAGAGGUGAUGCCAAGAUCUUCCUUGAAUUUCGCCAUGUUGCGACCGGUUAGGAGUUCUAAAGAGCAGAGUCCAACCCAAGGCAGAUCAAGCAACGCCAUGUCCACCGACAAACUCGACGAUUCUAGUCUCAGUGUUCUCGAUACAAUCUGGUUCUCCGUCUUUACUUCAAAACGCACAACAAGCGUGGGAACGUUACCGCCCGAUGAGCCUACUCCAGACAUGCGUUACCUGCCGCUCUACCGGCUAGGAGGCGACUUUCUCGAUGCCGCCCAUUUAAUUGCCUUGAUACAACGCAGGAUUAAGACCACCCCCGAGGCGGAGGUGAAUGGGGACGCCAUUUCAAUUUCGCACGCUCAAGUGACAAUCGAUGAUGUUCUUCAUCAUCCCAGUCUUAUGGGAUUUGCUAGCGUUUUGAAUCAGAAACAACUUCAGUUAAUUUAGUGUGCUUUCUUUUGUUAUAAUAGCAAGUUCCUUCGUCAUCUACCAAUAUAAAGCGAGUUUUAACCGCUUUCCUGCAGUCAACUCACUGAUCAAGCAGUUAAGUGGGGUGUUGUGGGGCUUAUUAGCUCUAUAGUGGCUUCCGCCACUUUUGUGACGGCGGGAUCGAGGCAAUGGUACAAAGGCUCAAAGAUCCAGGAAAAUCCCAUGUAUUGAAAAUACUAAGCUAAAGAGAAGAAGGAGAGAGAGAGAGAAGGAAAGGGGAUAAAGGAGGGAAAUACUAGCUAAAACCACUGAAACGCCGGCUAGCUAGGUGAAACCAGUCAUGUGACAGCCACCCCCCUUUGGCCCCCAGCCAGCGCCGUUACAAC